UGGACGGACGCAUUUCUUUACUUGGGUCUGUUCAUGCAGUCGGCGGUUUGGGAAACGACAGAGGCCAUCCACCCAGAUUGCGCUCUGGUUGUUCAGCACAUGAAGGCUGAGGAAGAAUGUUAUCAGAUCCUCAAGCAGGAGGAGAACAACCACUCUGCUAAGACAGGCUGUCCGACAGUUUGGGACAACCUUCAGUGCUGGUAUCAUGCUGAGGUGGGACAGGUGGUCAAUAUCUCGUGCGCCUCUGGCAUCUGGCAGCUGUUGCCUAAUAACCAAGGUUAUAUCUAUAGGAACUGCACUGAGAAAGGAUGGUCGGACUUCUACCCAUCCUAUGAAGAGGCCUGUAAGAUUCCAGAGGAUGAAGAAAUCGAACCAGAGACAACGUAUUUCUCCAACUUCAAACAGGUGUACACUGCUGGCUACGCUACCUCCCUCAUCUCUCUUAUAUCAGCUAUUUUUGUCUUCACUGUCUUCAGGAAAUUUCACUGCACCAGGAACUACAUCCACAUGAACUUGUUCUUCUCAUUCAUCCUGAGAGCGAGUGCUGUCUUUAUCAAAGACGCUAUCCUUUUUUCUGAUGAAAACAUGGACCACUGCUUUAUGUCUACAACAUCCUGUAAAUCAGCCGUGGCCUUCUUCCAGUUCAGUAUCCUGGCUAACUACUUCUGGCUCCUGGUGGAGGGCAUGUACCUGCAGACACUGCUCACUCUCACAUUUGUCUUCCAGAAGAAAUACUUCUGGUGGUACAUACUUAUUGGCUGGGGUCUCCCGACAGUAAUCAUAACAGCUUGGAUUCUAACUCGAAACUUCUACGACAACAGGGGGUGCUGGGAUGACACAGAUGUGGCCUUUAUCUGGUGGAUCAUAAAAGCUCCAAUAACGGCAUCACUACUGGUGAACUUCAUGAUCUUCAUCAACGUAAUCCGUAUUCUGGUCCAGAAGCUUAGGUCUCCUGGUGUUGGUGGCAAUGAUACCAGUCACUUCAAGAGGCUGGCGAAGUCCACGCUGCUGCUCAUCCCACUGUUCGGGAUGCAUUACAUGGUGUUUGCCUUCCUGCCAGAAAACACAGGGACAGAGGCACGCAUCUUCAUAGAGCUCGGUGUGGGUUCCUUCCAGGGCUUUGUGGUGGCACUGCUCUACUGUUUCUUGAAUGGUGAGGUGCAGGCUGAGCUCAAGAAGAGGUUUUGGAAGUGGCAGACUCAGAGUUACCUGAGCUACAGUAAACGACGGCGCACCCUGUUCACUGAAAGCAGCACAAUCACUCAGAUAUCUGUCCUGGACAAAUCUAGCCCAAAAGAUAAGCCAGGCUCUGAGACACACGCCCUCACCAAUACCGUCACACACAGCAACGUCUCGACUGUGUGA